AUGAAUAACAAUAACAUCAUUCCAAUUUAACUUCUUCAACAGCUGCGAUUACCAAUAAGAAAUAAAGAUUAUAGCACUUCUCUGUAGUCAUUUAAUUAAUUUCUUGGUCAAACAGAACAAUAUAUAAGAUUGUUCAAUCAACAAAAUUUAGAUCAAAUAAAGAUUGUAUUUGGAAUGAUUUUAGAAGUAUAACGAUUCUAUAAUAAAUUAGGAUUUGGAUUUCUUACAAUUGAAACCAGUCAUUUAAAUUUGGAGAAUCAACUUCACUGAUCUAUUUUUGAACACAUUCAACCUAUCAUUUGCCAAAGCGCUUUGUCAAUAUUAUGUAUCACUAAGUGAAUGUAGUCAAAUAUUUAAAACUCCAUUAUUUAAUGAAAUCUCUAAGUAGAUUUGCUAGAUUUUUUGUAUUCUUUGUUGGGAUAAGGACAUAUCAGAUGAAAUCAGACAUUCAAAAUGUUUAAGAUCAUUUAUUCGCAUGCUCAGAGUCAAUUGUACUGAUGAUUUAUUGGCUUGUCUAGUUAUUGUAACCAAAAAUAGCAAGAAUUCUGAAUAUAUGACUAUAAAAAAGAGUUAAGAUUAACUACUUUAGUUAUUUAGAAAUAACAUCAAUAGAGAACUAGUUUAAUUGAUUAUAGCCAAUAUGUGUUUUAAUAAUGAUUAAAGAUUACUUUUUUGGUGUUAAGGAAUCCUAUAAGUGUUAAAGCUAACUUUAGAUGCUUCAUCUCUAACAUUAAUAUGGAAAUUAUUAUAUGAUUGUCCUGAAGUCAUUGAUGAACUCUUAAAAUACGCAGAAUUCUUCAAUCAUCUAUAUAAAUAGAUUAACACUAUCAAUGAAGAAUGCGCAUUGAUGAUAGGUAUAAUUAGAAAGAUAUGUGAAAAUAAUGAACAAUACAAAUUAUAACAUAUUGAAAACAUAGUCAAUAUCUUUAGCAAUUUCAUAGAAAAUAAUUAAAUGCUAUCCCAAAAGUAUGAAUAACAGCAUCCAUCAAUCAGGUAGUUUAUUUUCAAAGAAAUAUUCUCUUUUUUUGGAAUUGUUGGGAAUUAAUAUAUUUAACCUUAAAUAAUUCCUCAUAUUAUUAGUCUAAUCUAUUAAAAUAGCAGUGAUAACAGAUUACUUACUGUUGGCAUAGGCAUGUUGACCAAUCUUAGUACAUAUACAUAGAUUCUUAAUAUCAUAUAAAAUGACAAAUUGUUUUAUCAGAUUAUUUUGCAAAUUUUAGAACAAUUUCAUGAUAAGCAACAAUUAAUAGAAUAUACUUUAAAACUGAUGAUUAACACAUUAACUAACUAAAUCAUUUCCAUUUAAUAUGCGCAACCUAGAUUUAUCAUGAAAUUGUUCUUCAUUUGGCAUGUGAGUCCUGAGAAUGUCUCAGUCAACAAUCUAAUCAUCAGAGUAUUGAGAGGUUUAUAUGUUAUUACAAAUGCCAAUGCAUAAAUCUUAAGCUAAUGUAUUAAUGAGUUAUAACAGAGAAAUAAUACAUUUGAUUUUGUGGAUUUAUGUUCCCUAACUAUCAAUACAAACUUAUAAUAAAAUAGACUAGAGAAUGUUGUUGAAGUAUUUUCGAUAUUAUAAUUUAGAUCUAUAUGCUCAUAUCAAUAAUUCCUAAUCUUAAAUUAAACAGUAUUAAGUUUUAGAACACGAUUAAGUAAUACGUUGAAACCAUGAGAGCAAAAGGAGAAUUAAAAAAGGCUUUAUAAGCAGUAUCUCACUUACCAAUAGAAGAUAUUGGAUUACAAUUCUGA